AUGCCCGUCAUCCCGUCAGACACUUCCAACUUCCCCUCGGUGCAGGGCAGCAAUAGCACCCAGAGCAACGAGUCCUUCAAGGGAGAGCAUGAGCAGAAGAAGGCUACUGCCUCUGAUCUUCUUUCAAAGGGACCUCAGAUUCCCGAUAACAUGCCUCCCAAAGCCUCGAGGGAAGAGAUUGAGCAGCGCAUGAAGGAGUUGAACAAGUAG